AGGCUCUAUAAAUGGAAACCUCCUGCGCUCAAGAGUUAUCGGGACACACUCUCACUCAUGUCAAGCUGAACACGCAGGGCACGGGAAUGCCAGUAUAGCAGCGGACAAGCCUUUAGCACAACACACACACACACACACACAAACAUGGCCCUGGAACAGCCACACCGGACCUGGGGAAAGGUCACCACUGUAUUUGCAACCAAGCUCAAGUCUUUCACCUUUGUUCCACUUCUGAAAAGACUGCCCGUGGAGAACAGGAUCUGGAAAAAGGUUCUUCAGGCUGGCAGACCAAACCAGACUUCCCGAGAGCCAGGGGACUUUGAGAAGAGCAUGGCAGAGGAGGGUGUCUACAAGGCUGAGGUUAUUUACGUCCAAGAGCUGGGAGAAACGCUCAAGAACACCACUAAAAGUGAGAUUCAGUCAAAUGACAAUGUGACCCUUAAGCCACACACCACCCUAGUUGGUCCUCGCGCAGAAUUCGGUAGCAUAACCCCUGCCAUGGAAACCAGUGUUAACAAACACCCUGGCAUUUCUCAUCUAGGAUUUCACAACACUGCUGAGGUCAGCUCAGGUCUGUGUUUAAAUAGCUCGUCCCAGAGAGAGGAGGUCCUUAGCCCUGCCAGCUCCAUGGAUUUCCUCACAUCCCCUGCUUCUUCCAAGGAGUCGAUUCUCUCCGAGGGCUGGGACAAGGAGAGGAGCUGGUCAGCGCUUCACAUGUUCUCACGAGACGGUUCUCCAGGUCCCUUUAGUCGCACAGUUUCCCCGUGUUCCUCCGUGAGAUCAGGGACUUUCACACCCUCUGUGGUGAGAAUCAAGCGGCUUUCUUUGGCUCCGGGCUCCAGUUUGCUACAGAUGUCGUCUGUUUGCGGUACACCCUGUGACAGUCGGACAACCUCACCCUGUCCUCUUUCGCCCCGUGCCCGGCACAGGACUCCUCCAACCCAACUCUCCCUGCUUACGGCAAUCCUCAGGAAAGGCCGUCUACCCGUCCUGUCCUCUUCAUCUCAAAGACCUUACACGCCCUGCUGGCCCAUCAGUCCAGUUAACAUGUCCUCCUGUUUAGCGUGCUCAGCUGCCUCUUCUGUUGCACCCAUGAACGUGUCCAAAGCAAAGUCUUGUACCUCCAUAGAUACAAAGUCUUUCCAGAUUUCAAAGCCACAGAUUUGGAAACGGGAGCUGGUUAAGGCACCUGACGAAUCCCCACUCAUGAAACCACCAGAAAGACUUGACUCAUGCAGACAUUUCACCAGUAGUAGUGGCAUCAUCUUACCUACAAAUCACAUCUCUUCGCCAAGCUUACCUGCAGUCCAGGCUGCCAAUGCUCACCUGCCUAAAUCAGCUCCCAAGGGGAAUCGUUUGCCGACUGUUCCUAGCUCUCUUUUGUGUAGCUCCAACUCCUGCAUGAGAUCUCCUAAACCAAGCUAUCUGUCAUGUUCCAGCAACGAGAACCAUAAAAAUCCACCAGUGUCAGCAGAAUGUCCUGUAUCUAUGGAUCCAAAUAAUUCAGGCGAAUCUUUAAUACAUAAUGAUGAAACAAAACCCCAUGAUAGGCCAGAAAAAUAUUCAUUGCCACUGACACAGAGUCAGAAAUCAUCUGAGCUCUCCAAUGAACCAUAUCUGAAACACAUAGGAAGAUCACCUGUCAAUUUAGAUUCCUCGUUACCAAAACUUGCUCUGAGCUCAUGUAAAUCUUCAUCUCCUACUCUGAAACACACUUUCGAAUCACACAUCAAUUCCACAUCUCCAGUUUUAAGCCACAAAGAGAAUAAACAAAGUACUCUUUUCCAAAAUGCUCGCAUAAAUGACGUGGAAAGAGUGCACCCAUCAUCUCCCUCUCCCAGACCCAUGGGUCUCGCCCGCCUGUCCUACAUAUCUCCAGCUUCUCCAGCUUGUCCUCCCGUCCACCCAAGCUCCCGGUCCUCCACCCCAGACCGCUGGACCCUCUCGCCCUCCCCGGCGGUCCCGAGCCGCCAGCUUUCCCCCUCUCCCUCAUACUCUUUCUGUUCAUCCCCCUCUCCAUCCCAAUGGGGAAGCACACCAGACUGCGCAGAUGGGGACUGUAAAAAUAGAAAGACACACAGGAUCAAAUCCACCUACAAGGCGCUCGCUGCUAUUCCUACAAACACUCUGCUCCUGGAACAGCAGGCUAUAGAUGAAGAUGUCAACAAGAAAGAGGCGUCGCUCAACCCUGCAGACAACUAUUCUUGGGAGGACCCACAUGAAGAGAUGUGCUCUCCUGCGCAGCUCCGUCAGCAGACUGCAGACCUGUACGCCACCAUUGAUGAAGUCCUCGAGGACUCAAUCCAGAAACAUCAAUCAGACCAUGUGAACAGAGCCACUCUGCAGUCUUUGGCAGCGGAGACAUCAAGGACGUCAUCACCAUCACCAAAACUAUUGGGACGGGAAACAAGAUAUGCCAGCUCUCCUUUUCAACCCUUUGUAACGACUGAAAAAACACUGACAAAGACAAAGCCUGGAGUGAUUAGACCAGUCACUGCAACAUCCAGAGUUACAGAUGAUAAACAUGAUGAAGAAUUCCACCCAAAUCCUUUCAAGAACCGUCAAGAGAACAAAUCCAGUCGCUACCAGUACAAGUUCGCCAGCGGUGGUGAACCCCGAGCUGAAGGUGGAGGAGCGUCCGCUUGUGGAGAGCGGAGAGGAGACUCCAAGACCAGACUGACAUCUCUGAUCACGCAGACCAGGAUCUCCACUCAAGAUCCUCCCAUCUCCAUCAACACCCAGGAGACACACAUAUGAUGCCAACAACGGCCUGAUCUGACUGGAACUGUGACUACACAUCAAAAUGGUUGUUCAAUGCAACACACGC